AUGGCGAUGAUGCGAAAGAAAGGCAAAUAUCUUCUUGGUGGUCUCGUGUUUGUUUUUCUCUGCUGGUUCCUGGUAAACUGGCAGAACAGUUUGAAUCUGUUGCCUAGUCAAGUGGAGGACAGUUCCUUGGACGUGUCUGUACGAGAAGUCACAACAGUUCCACCUAAAAUCCGGAGGGAACACAGCAGCAGUGAAAACCGGAAAUGCCCUUCUCUGUCAGGCAUGACUGAAGGCAGGUGGGUUGUGCGUCCCCUGAAUGAAACUGAACAGAUGAUGAUUGACACUUACUUGAAGGAAGCGAGAGGAGCAUACAAGAUCCCGCCAACGUUUCAAAGAGAGGACGGUCGCUGCGGGGACGUUACAUACAGUAACGUCACUUUGCAUAAACAUAUGUGGUUCAGAGCUAUCUGCGACCCUAGAGGCGCCACGCCAUGUUGUCAUACCAACAGUUGCCAGCUAUUGGCACAAGAAGACUGCAGAUGCCCCACCUGUCUUGACGAGAGACAAGCCGUCCAUGCAGAGUUUGCCCACUGGCAGCCUACAGAUGACCGCUGUCCAGUGAUGGAGUUUAACGCUGACCGGGCCUGUCAGUUGCUGGAGGGCAUGAGCCUUUACUUCGUUGGGGAUUCUUUUAUCAGGCAUAUGUUUGCUGCACUGGUGAUCAUUCUCACCAACGAGGUCAAUGGGGCGAUGAAGGAGGAUAUACCUAGAGAUAUCAAAGGCCGAUGUCUGGGUCAUAACCAAAUCACAGCAGAGGUUUGCAGGGCAUACCUUGACCCCGACAGGGUGCUGUGUCAUGGCAAGGUCAAGGUACAAUACGUUGAGAUGUUCUCCGUGGCCGACCUGCCAGUGAUACACCAGCUUCUUGUUGACCUCCGUCAGUCCGGCAGCUCACUUGUAGUCCUGGGUCUAGGGAUCCACGACAACUUCAACCCCACAGUGGUGUCCAAGAAGUUUCUCCACCCUUUCUUGAACCUUCGCCAGCAUCUCUCUACAAAUAUUUCGUCUGCCUUUUUACAGACCGAUCCAGCUCCUGGUCUAGACUUGACCCGCCUACGGCCUGGUAUAUUGUGGGUAGGAGCACACGCCCCUGGACUACUGAAGUCCCCCAGGUUUCCGCAGCAAUCGGCCGACGGUGUCCAGCAUUAUAACUCAGAGAUCAGUCACGUUUUGAAACGAUGGGGAGUUCCGGUCCUGGAUACGUUCAGUUUUAGCAACGGUACAGUCAGUUUUGAUGGGACCCACUACGGCUGGGGGAUCAACAAGUUGAAAGCGAAUAUGCUGAUGACCUACAUCCGGACCUCGUUCUGGGGAGAUGGGAGGAAGUAG